GAUAUCCUCUGUUAUGAUGGAUACUAACGCCAGACCGAAGUCCAUGAGCCGAGCAAAGCAAUGGACAGGUGAGGUUGAGAACCUGUACAGAUUCCAGCAAGCUGGAUACAGAGAUGAACUGGAAUACAGGCAAAUUAAACAAGUCGAGAUUGACAGAUGGCCAGACACUGGGUUUGUGAAGAAGCUUCAACGUCGAGAUAACACAUUCUACUACUACAACAGAAAGAGAGAGUGUGAAGAUAGAGAGGUCCAUAAAGUAAAGGUUUAUGUGUACUGAUGGCCCAAACUCAACCAGCACUUUUCCAUGAUUUUUUUAAAGCACAGAUGUCAAAGUCUUCAUCCACUGUACAAUUCAACCCGAAUAAACAUUUUCAUGUAAACAAACCAUUUCAUGGUCAAUGUUUAAAGGUCAAAUGCAACCCUCUAGCCACGUAUUUAAUGUGUGAAUAACAGUAAAAACAAAUAAAACAGAUGUGUAUGUUAUUUAUUUGUUUAUUGCAUCUAGGAAUUCAAAUGUAUGUCCAUGUGUUUGUGAGCAAAGCUGCUUUUUGUUAUUUUUAUUAUUUUAAAAACGUUUAUUGUAGGGUAAAGAAAACCAAUAAGAUUUAUGUUUGUCUUGUUUUGUGAAAAUACGUAAUAAUAAAUAUGCCCCUAUCACUU